AUGAUGAUGACUGAAGUCGAACAACAGCAACCUCGUUCCAGUAUUUUAGAACGUGGUCGUGCUAUACGUUUAUUAAGAAAUGGUGAUGCUUUCUUUCAAGGACGUUCAUUUGUUAUUAAUCAACGAAAAUAUCCAAAGUUAGGAGUGUUUCUCGAUGAUGCAUCACAGACAAUGAGAGCAAAUUUUGGUGCUGUUCGAUGUAUCUAUACACCGAAAAAUGGUACGAGAGUUAGAGAUAUAUCCGAUUUUGAAGAUCAUCAUACCUAUGUGGCUGGAGGUGCAGAAAAAUUUAAGAAACUACAUUAUCUUGAUAUUGCCGAAGGAAAACGACAUGCCAAAGAUCGAACAUCGCCAAAAUUACCACCUGUUCGUCGUAUGGACGUUGAAGGAAGAGCGCUGAAAUUGGCACGUUCAGAAAAUGUUAUUAUUUAUGUAUAUCGAAAUGGUGAUCCAUUAACAUUACCCUCGAAAAUAUUACUUGUAAAAAGUACUCUGACAAGUUGGGAAUCAGUACUAGAUGAAAUAACACGAAAAGUUGCAUUAAACAACACAGCUGUUCUAAAAUUAUAUGCCAUGAAUGGUGAACUAAUAACAUCAGCCCAUCAAUUAGAAUAUAAUGGAAUGUAUGUUGCAGCUGGUAAAGAACGUUUUAAACGAAUUGAGUAUCCAGAUCCAAAAACAUUAAGCCCAAAUUCUUCACCAAAAAUGUCACGAAAAUCAGAAUUGAAAAGGGUGAGGAUACCCUUUCGACAAAAAAGAGUUGAAGAAUAUACUCAAUACAAUCCGAUACCUGGAAGUCGGCGUCCAGUACGAGAAGAAUACGAUUUUUUCAAUAAUAAACCGCAACAACAUCGACGUGGACCACCACGUGAAAUAGAUUUAGAUAAAGACGAUGGUGGCCUUUAUAAAUCUAAAGGCGUUGUUAAUCAUCGAGAACGAAUACGUGAAAUAGAAGACACAAAAGAUACAAAAGUUGAUCUACCAGUGGAUAUGAAAGAAGUAGAAACAGUUGAUGAUGAACAACUUUACGGCACCAAAACACCUCGUCAUUAUCGAAAUGAUGUACAAGAAGUUGUUCAUCAGAAAAAUCGGCAGGCACUUGCUGAUGCUCAUCGUUCACCCGCACGAACGGCUAAGAGUCCAUCACCGACUUAUGGGGAUACAUCUGAUAAUCAAUAUUCUAAUCAAAAUGGUCAUCAACGUCAUACGAAUAACAAGGAAAAUUAUAGUUUACCACCAUUGGAUACUGGUUCUCAUAACAAUAGCGAUAAUGAGCAUUCAGAUAGAAGAGAUUUAGUGUCUAGUGAAGCACAGUUAACAAAAAAUGAAGCAGCAACGGUUAUACAAGCCCAUAUCAGAGGGCAUUUGACACGAAAACAACAUAAACAAACUCCUACUACUACUACUAAUAAUAAUAAUAAUAACAAUAAUAAUGAUAGUACGGUUCGUGAGUAUGAUGAUUGA